AUGCGUCAGGCCAUUAUAGUGUUUGUCGCUGCAGCUACUCUCAUUGUCAGUUGUGACGCUGCGAUGCUGGGAUCUCCUGAUUCAAAGCAAUCGAUAGAUGCUGCUUCUGCGAAGACCACGCGAUUUCUUCGGGGUGUUGACACGGAGGAUGAUAGCGACGGUCUGGGUUUCAUAAAGGAGGAGAGGGCUGGAACCCAACUACAAUUCGUUGACGACCUGCUGGCCAAGUUGGCGAUUAACGAAGCAGUGGCGCUGAAGAACCUGAACAGGUUUGAUGAUGACCUCAUGAAAAAACUUCGAAAGAACCGGAGUUGA